CAGAAGUUCAUUAUUGAUGAUUUUGGCUGGGGCCUUGAUGGUCGUCCCUUUCCCGAAUUCGAUGCUAUCCACGUUGUUCGCGUUGCUGGCUGGAACCACGCAAAUGCAAAAGCCGAGGCAAAUUCGGGAUUCACCUGGACGGGCAUUUCUUCUGGAAACCCGAUUGAUUGGGCUAUGAAACGCUUCAAUCUUAUGGGCUUCAACAUAACUCAGCGUUCUGCUAUCAUCUAUGACCACGAAGCGGAAUACUUCACAGGUACCACGCUGGAGGGCAUUGGUCAAUCUGUCGUCGGAGUGCUACAACACCCGGAGGAAACGAUCAAUCGCUUCGUCAAGGUUAUGUCCAUCAAGACUUGCAAGAACGAACUAUUGGAAGCUUGCCAGAGCGCCACGGGUAAACAGUGGAAUGUCCAGCCGUCACCCACGAAAACACUGCUUGAUAGCAGGCGCAGGAAGCAUGAAGAGGGUGACCGAGGCUGGGUCUUAGAGUUUGCAGUGUCCCAGCUGUUCGAUGAGGGGAGUCGUGCUCUGAUUUGUUGGGCGUGGUUGCAGAGACGCCGCAAGAGGUUGUGGCAAAGCUCCUGUAAAAAUAAUAGUGGACGGAUAUAG